GUCUCAUCGGAUGAUGAAACUCAUGAUGAACCAAGGGUUAGAAAUAUCAGUAUAUGAACAGGUGUAUUGGAUGAAAAGGCAGCUGCAACUCAAGCUCUUGGCUUAUUUGCCUAGCAUACAAAGCUCCUUUGCUCCCUAUUUGGAGGAAUCAUUGAAGAUUUUGGAGAGACAUUCUGGGUAUUUUCAUGAAGAUGUGAGGCUUCAAGCAAUUAUUGUUUUGAAACAUAUUUUGACAGCAGCACAUGCAAUCUUUCAGUGCCAGAAUUUAAGUUAUAUUGGUUCCUUUCGUUUCCCUUCCCUUUUUUUCAUUGGCAUCCAUGGUGGUCUCUUCCCUUAAUUUUUUCCAUCUAGA